AAUAACAGGCUCCCUGUGGUGUGUUUCAUCAUUGACGGUUAGAGGACAUUGUUUUUGUUUUCCUGCGUAAACUGCCAUUCACCCGCAAUGUCAACAAUCCCUUCCAGUCCAAGGUCCUAUUUGCAGUUUUAUGAGCACCACGAGCAUCAUUACGAAGGCAAAGGCUAAACUGAAGACAUACAAAUGCUGCCGAGAAAUUCUUCAGGUGCAGAUGAUCUGCUGGGAAACAGUAGUCACAGCAGGCCAGGCAAUGUGGAGCAGGUCCUUGUCCCUUUUUUUGAUGUCCUAAUCCUGGUGUUGGGGUUAGCAGGCCACAGCACAGUCAUGUUCAUCCUCUGUCGGAGGCACAGGAAGAGAGCGGGUCAGUCUGCACAGAGCUCCAUGACAGGAACGGGUACAGACGUCCUACUGCUGGCCCUCAGCUCUGCGGACUUGCUUCUUCUCGCCACGCUUCCUUUUCACACCGCCGCCAUCGCCAUGCAGCAGUGGCCAUUUGGAGACUUCCUGUGUCGCAUGGCGGGCUUUUUGGGAUCGGCCUGCUCCUCAGCCAGCGCCUUCACGCUGUCCGCCCUCGCCGUGUCACGCUACAUGACGGUGGUGCACCCUGCCACAGCUUACCGCCUCCUCUCUCCUCGCCGGGUUGCCAUGGUGGCUACGCUUCUUUGGGUACCAGCCUGCUGCCUGGCGACGCCUCAGUUUGUGUUCCGCUCAGUUGGAAUUUUGGGAACCCCUCCCGGCAGUUCCGACGGGCUUACUUGCUUCGCUUUCUUGUCGCACAAAGACCAGCUAAUUUACGGAUUGUUCCAUUUCCUUUUAGCUUUCUUGCUCCCGCUAAUCACCAUCACCAUCGCAUACGGAAACAUCUACUUGUUCCUGUGGAGGACUCAGAACGCGGGCCAGGCUCCACAAGUAGAACGCUACCAGAACAAGGGUGGACAGUGAUUCCGCGAGGCUUGUCCAAGCCCUGGGAGAUAACCACGUAGCGGAAAGAGCCGUUCAGGCGGGCCACCUCAAUCACAUCGAAGCCUUGGUCUGUCCAGUAGAUGUUUCCUGUGGUGACACCAAAAGGAAUAGUAAUGUUCUACAACUCCUAGAGCAUGUGGAUUAUACUAGUUGUAUAGGAGUAGAAACCAGGGGGACGUCUCCCCCCAAAUAUAGGAGACAGACCGUAAAUAUGGCUUGUUUGUAAUGUCUUGCUAUUAGUAUACUCAUAUUUAGAAAGCAUGUAUUUUGGUGAAAUCCUCUUAAUCCUGAGAUUGUCCAUUAUUUGAUUGAUAACUUUGUCAAUGUUCCCAAGUAACAUCAACACAAAAUGUUUGUCAUCUCUUCUCAGCACGGCAUGGCACCAAUAAAAGCUGAAA